ACUCGCCAUCCUACCGCAAUAACAACAUGUAAAUAAUUAAAAACCGCCGUUAUAACCUGUUGGCAUCCCCCAUUCUCACACGACAUAUCGAAAAUACUGUCAUAGAGCCCCCCAGAGGCUUAGGCGCAAAUUCUCAAAGUCCCGAGAUGUGGGAGUGGCGCACGAACGACGCUGCGCGUCGCGCAGCUUCAUCGCUGAAGCCCAAUCUCCAGUUUCCGCGCGUUCGCACCCGUCGAAGGACGUCGGGACGUCGUGAUCAUCAUCAUAAGCGGCGGUGUCGGAUAUCACACAUUUGGGCCAAUUAAUAAACGGUCUAGGACACGGGGCGGAAAUAAGUCGAUUUUAAUAAGUCGGCUUCUUUUCUUUCAUCCAAUACCCAACUCGCGGUGCUCUCGUCAGUGACUAUGAAUGUUCUUGGUGAAGUCGAGUGAGCCGUGAAAUUUCUUGUAGAUCUCAUCUAACAGUUUUCUGGAAGCCGGUGGUUGACGAUGUUCCGCAGUGAUACGGGUAUGGGGAUGUGUUUGAAGGGUGGUUUUUGCGAUAGGAAGACAAUGUUGCUGCAGUUGUUCUUCCUGAUGGUGUUUAUGAACGGUUUUACACAUGCUCUCAAAGACGUGAGGGUCACAAUUCCCCAAGCUGCAAGGAUUAUGGACACAGUGUCACUUCAAUGUCGCUAUGAUUUGGAGGGCGAGCCUUUAUAUACAGUCAAAUGGUACAAAGGAACCAAAGAGUUCUUCAGAUUCAUCCCUAAGGAGUUACCGAAUACUCAAGUAUUCCCACUGCCUGGCAUCGAUGUAGAUUUGAGCAAGUCGAACGCAAACGAGGUUGUUCUCAGACAUGUACAGCCUGAAGUUACCGGAAAAUACAAGUGUGAAGUUUCAUCUGAUGCUCCAAAUUUCUACACUCUCACCGUGUCAGGAAGUCUAUAUAUAAUUGAUACACCUGACGAGGACCCCACCAUGUGGGUCGAGACAGACUUUCCCGAAAUUGGAUAUUCCAUACGUGGAAAUUGCUCAACGCCGCCUAGCUACCCCACAGCCAAUAUUACAUGGCUGAUUAAUGGAAAGAAGAUAAACGAGAGUUCUUCUUUUCACCACCAAGACCCGAAUGCAAUCUCAAGUUUCAGCAAGCGUCAACCUCUGAUAACCACAUCGCUCCUAGAAACAGAAAUUGAUGGCGAGACCUUCCAAGGUGGUAGAGCAAGAGUUGAAUGUGUCGCUUCGGUCUUCAAUCUGUACAAAAGAUCGGUGGAAAGGGUGCUCGAAGAAGAGAGACCAAGACCAAGACCUUCAUCGGUCCUCGGAACUAGGGAUUCUGCCUCAGCUAUACCAGUUGCCAACCUGAAGCUCUACGUAGUUCUAGUGGUCUUCAUAAUCUUCGUGAAACUGCGGUAACAAUAAAAUUGUGGAACGUUUGAACCGCUGAACAAUCAUGUUGUAAAUAGCGAAAGAUGCUGUACAUAUUCCAGAAGAAUUCUAGAGAAUUAGAUGUGAUUUGUUUUGUACCUACCUAAAAGCGUGAAAUUUCUGAAUCAAAGACACUGAAAAUAUUUAAAACGAUGUAGAAAUGAUUAAAUAAGAUAAUAUAAUGAAGGGUAUGCUAUUGUGAUAAAAAUGGAGAUUUGUAGAUACUGAAGUCGGAGGAUGAUGUGAAUGUAAAUAUAGAUGAAAUAGAAGUAUCGUUUCUCAGUUUUUCGACCGAGAAAUCAUAACUUCACGAUCGAAUCAAAAAUUUUAGAAUAAAUAAAUGUACAUUUAAAAUUAAACCUGAACAUCAACUCAACCAAUAUUGAUAUUGUCGUCUCUCGAAGAUUUCUUCGUAAAAAAAAAAAAUUUAAGAGAAUAUAGGACUCGAAAGUCUUAUUCCUUUAGAAUUGUUCUACCAAAAUCACCCCUGACUAUAAUAUUUCAAUUUGUAUGCUGAUUUUUAUCAAUGAAUAUUUAUCAUUUGUGGAUUUAUCAAUUUCUUAUUCAAUUUUGAAGUAAUAUAAUUGCCUUGGAAUUUUCCUAUAGAUUCGAUAUUCAAUCAAUUUUCACAGGAAAUUCGUUCGGUUGAACGACAGAACAUAAGUUUUUAUUAUAUUAUGAUCAUUAAUCAAUAUAUUCCAUAUAAUGUUAUUGUUUCACACAGUGAUACUUAUAUAUUAACUAACAAUUCUCAUCAUAAGAAAUCGCAAGGAAAUAGGAGAAGUAAUUGAAACAUAUUAUGAUUAUUAUUAUUAUUUCAAUUUAUGUUCUUCAAUCCAGAAAAACUAGAACUAUUAAAAUCUCAAUACUUGAAAAGAGAUUUCCAUUCCAAGAAGUAUGUUUACUAAGAACAAGCUAUCAAGUUAAACCAACAUGCUAAAAAGUGUUCAACCAAAUUCCAAAUUGAGAAGGACCAUGUGUCGAUGGCUAUUUGUCUGGAGGCAAUAAAUAAAUGUUAGUACUUCUUCAAAUCAAAUUGUAUUUGAAUCGUUUUUCAUUUCGAUUUGAAUAGAAAUAAACGCCCCUUCUACAAAACUAAUUUUUUUCGGGUUAAAUCAAUUAAUGGAGCUUUGUGCAUUGUGCAGCAAUGCGGAAACGAGUAUGUUGAAAUUUGUGAUCUCAAACGAAUGAACCUAACAUUGUUCGAUUAUAACCGUUUGGAUUCCAUUUUAGCUAUAAUGGACCCGUGAAACACAUUCAUUAGAUAUUGUGUUGUCGGUAAAUGUUGUUAUUUCAGGCAUCCACCUGCAUCAAUUCGAUUUAAACUGCACAUUGCAGGAACUUAUUAGAUUUGCAGGACACGGUUUAAUAGAAUUCCGAUCAUUUUAGGUUCGGAGUAAUCAAUGUUUCAAUCACAUUGUGAUCGCUGUAUGGAGUGGGCUAUAACUUUGUAAUCUCUUAUUAAUUAACUCCGCAUUCUCUUAUUAAUUACUAACCAACACUGAAGUCUAUACUCCAUAAUUUCAUCAAAAUGCCUAAUUGAUUAUCUUCAAUCCGCAUAUUGCUACUUUUGCGUAUGCAAAUAAUGUUCUUUAAAAUUAUAGGUGCCGAAAAGACAUGUUGCGCACGUGUUAGGAACAGUUGCAUUCAGUUCCACAUCAGAUAUAACCAACUGAAAAAAAAAAAAUUUCUUUAUUCAAUUUGAAUCGAAUAACUGCACAUAAAAAUAACAGGAAAUAAAAAGAUUACCAUAAUAUGUUUAAUAAAAGAGCAACCAUUAACAAUUUGCUUAUUGAUUGAUGCUCCGAUUCAUUCAAUUGGUGCUUUAUGGUACGGUUUGAAAAAGGAAAUUUGAAAUCGAUCUUACUUAGGACGCAGAAGGCUACUCCUUCACCAAUGAAAUAUUGAGUAGUAGGAUAAAUUUGCACACUUAAAUGAUUGCUGAAAAGUAAUACUUGACGCAAGUUAUUAUUAGUGGAUCGAACUAUAGGAAAAUUCUCAUUAUUAUUAUUAUGUAUUAAAAAAGAAGAAAUAUUGAAUCUUUAUAAAACAUUUCAAAGGCUGAUUUUCAACAUAAUCUCAAAAAAUUUCUUGGAAAGAAAUAUUGUUCUAUAUGAAGUUUUAUCUAUAGAAGCAAAUUUCUUCAGUAUUCGUUGAAAAUUCACCCCCUAAAUUUAAAAUUUGAGUAUGGACAUGAUCCGUAUAUUUCGAAUUUUCUCAAUGUAUUUCCUCGAAAAAUUAUGAGGAGAAAUUUCUCGAUGAAAAACUUUAUUUUUUUGUAUUCGACUCCGUUGAAUGUGCUAUAUGAAAAUUGGACUAAGUAUAUUGUUGUAAUAUGUAAAAAUGUUUGUUACCCACUGUAAAUCCCAGGCUGAAAUAAAUAAUUGUUAAUACGA